AUGGCUAGCCACUCUUCCAUCGGCGCUGCUCGCCAGCACAGUCGAAUCCUGUUUGUCAAGAACCUCAACUACAACACCACCGGUGCCGAUCUCUACCAAGUGUUUGGCCGCUACGGAGCCAUCCGUCAGAUCCGACUCGGCGAUGCCACGGGUACGAAAGGAACUGCAUACGUCGUGUACGAGGAGAUGGCAGACGCAAAACGUGCUCUGGACAACCUGAACGGGUUCCACCUCAACGAACGAUACAUCGUCGUAUUGUACCAUAUGCCCGCAAGACUGGCAGCGAAGGCGGAUCUGGCGAGAAGGGAGGCCGAGCUGGCGGAUCUGAAGGCUUUCCACAAGAUCGCAGACGAGGCGUGA